AGCGAGAGGAGCGCUUGUUGGAGUCAACUAUAGACAGCCUACUGGCAACGAGUGGUGAUUCCUUUUUUUUUUUCUGCCUCCACCAGGCUGGAUAUAGGCGGCUGUGCUCCUACUUUGCUGCAGCCCAAAAGGCGUUUUAAAGGCGACAAACACCAGGCUCUCCCAUCUUUUUCUGCCACUGGCUUUUGGCUACAAUUUCAUCGGAUUGUGUGUGUUACAUGGACUAAUUAUCGGGAUACGUGCUGCCUUAUCCAAGUGAGAUACGAGGAAAUUAAUUAGUAAGUAAGAGCUUGAAGACUUUCGGAAGGAAUGAAAGACAAAAUCGGCUGGAAAUAAUGAAAAAGGUAAUCGGGACUUCAGUGAUGUGAUGAGACAUUCCUGCAAUUGCACCCUUGUUCUUUAAGCAAAGAUAUCAGGACUUAAGCUGUUGAAUCAUUUUAUGACUGCAGAUUCUUGUACCCCUAUUUUUUUUUUUAUCAGAUGUGCAAUUUGAAAGCACCAUAUCUGCCGGACGAAGAGGAUUCUUUUUGAAAUCACUGUUUUUACUUAAUCACAGUGUGAUGUUAAUGAAGAAUGCGACUUAAAUUGUUGCAGCUGGGGGAAGAAUCAUACUCCGACUUUUGAGCCUGAUCACUUCAUCUGCACGGAAGAUUUUUUUUUUUUUGUGGACUUUUCUGGCUCACAGGAAUUCUCAAUUUUUGUCUAUGCAGUCCGAACGUUUGUCCUCCGUUUUGCGCACUUUAAUAUGAACAGUUCAUCAUGUUUUUCCGCUUGAUAAGAGCUGCGCUGAUUUACACGGCUAAAUCACUGUUGUGAGAAGAUUCAGCAUGUUUUCACAGAUCUGUUUCGUCCGCUGCAGCAGACCGGAGGAUGUGCAGCGCCUGAGAAGAGUCAAAUAGGCUAGGCACUUGUAACAAUUAUAGCUUCCACACCAUGAUUUAAUUUGCAUAAACGAGAGAAAUUCUUCACCCAAAACACUUAUUCUUCGGACACUUUAAUGACAUGAUUCAUUUGGAACCUUUUUCUUGUUUUCUCUGACGUGCAUUCUUGUGCGUAAAAAUAAGGUCCUAAUUACAAAAAACUCAACAGGUACAAUGCAAAACAAGGAGAUGGAAUUAAUACAACUAAUUGCUGUGUUCAUCUUGUUUUGGGUCGGGGCUGAGGCUGUCAUCAACCUGAAAUACGGAAUAAACGAGGAGAUGAAGCCCGGCUCCGUGAUUGGAAAUGUGACAAAGGACGCGCUAAAGCAAGGAUUUCAGAUUGCACCGCAGCCCCCGUACUUGAGGGUUAUUUCCAAUUCAGAGCCGCGAUGGGUGGAACUGAGUCCAGCCGGAAUCCUUACAACCCAAAUGAAAAUAGAUCGGGAUGUAGUUUGCAGACAGAACCCCAAGUGCAUUAUUUCCCUAGAAGUGAUGUCAAACUCUAUGGAGAUCUGUGUCAUCAAAGUUGAAAUUGAGGAUUUGAACGAUAACGCACCCAGAUUUCCAACGAGCCACAUUGAUAUUGAGAUUUCUGAGAACGCCUCCCCUGGUACCCGGUUUCCCCUAGAGGGGGCAAGCGAUCCGGACUCGGGGAUCUUUGGAGUGCAGUCAUAUUCCAUCACCCCAAAUGAGCUUUUCGGACUGGAGAUAAAGACCAGAGGGGAUGGGUCCAAAAUAGCUGAGCUUGUUGUGCAAAAAUCGUUAGACAGAGAGACCCAGUCCCACUAUUCAUAUGAAAUCAGCGCAGAAGAUGGAGGAGACCCUCCUAAGAUAGGCGCGGUCCAGUUAAAUAUCAAGGUGAUAGAUUCUAAUGACAACAACCCUGUUUUUGACGAGACGGUUUAUACAGUAAACGUUAUGGAGAAUUCCCCCAUCAAUACAUUAGUCAUAGAUCUGAAUGCAACGGAUCCUGACGAAGGGACUAAUGGAGAGGUGGUGUACUCUUUCCACAGUUACGUCACUGAGAAAACGAGGGACGCGUUUAAAAUUGACCCCAGAACAGGGAUCAUCACCGUAAACGGAGUUUUGGAUUAUGAAACUGCACAAAUAUACGAGAUUGACGUACAGGCCAAAGAUUUAGGUCCUAACUCGAUCCCAGCCCACUGCAAAGUCACAGUGAACGUGAUGGACACGAAUGAUAACCCACCUGUCAUCAGUUUGCUCUCCCUGAACACGGAGAUGGUGGAAGUUAGCGAGAACGCGCAGCGCGGGUAUGUCAUCGCGCUGGUGAGGGUGUCAGAUAAGGAUUCUGGGGCAAACGGCAAAGUGCAGUGUAGGCUGCAGGGCAAUGUGCCGUUCAGACUGCAAGAAUAUGAGAGCUUCUCCACUAUACUUGUUGAUGGUAGGCUGGACAGGGAGCAAAAGGACACGUACAACCUGACCAUCCAAGCGGAGGACAGUGGCAUCCCUCCUUUACGCGCCACCAAAUCUCUGGUAGUAAAAGUCACAGAUGAAAAUGACAACCCUCCCCACUUCCUCAAACCGCACUAUCAAGAGAUGGUGAUGGAGAACAACCUCCCUGGCUCGUGUCUGCUGGCUGUGUCAGCAGAAGACCCAGAUUUGGGCAUGAAUGGCACAGUUUCCUACUCCAUAGUCCCCGGAGAGAUUAAGCACAUGGACGUAAACACAUAUGUCAGCAUAAACCCAUCAGGCCGAAUUUACUCAAUGAGAUCAUUCGACCAUGAAUACACCAGGACUUUUGAUUUUAAAGUUUUGGCCAGAGACAAUGGUAAUCCGUCUUUAUCCAGCAACGCUACUGUGCGCAUUGUUGUCCUGGAUGUGAAUGACAACACACCUGUGAUGACAAACCCGCCCCUGGUUAAUGGCACAGCGGAGGUCUCCAUCCCCAGAAAUGCAGGGGUGGGUUACAUGGUGACCCAGGUAAAAGCAGACGACUAUGACGAGGGGGAGAACGGCAGGCUAACAUACACAAUCUCAGAGGGGGACAGGGCUUUCUUCGAGAUCGACCAGGUGAAUGGAGAGGUGCGCUCCACCCGGAUGUUUGGAGAAAACGUCAAAUCCACCUAUGAGAUCACGGUGGUGGCGCGGGAUCACGGCAAGCCCUCGCUUUCCGCCUCGGCCUACAUCGUGGUAUACCUCUCCCCGGACCUGAACGCGCAGGAGCCUAUCGGACCUGUCAACCUGUCCCUCAUCUUCAUCAUCGCGCUGGGCUCUAUCGCUGCCAUCCUGUUCGUCACCAUGAUCUUUGUGGCGGUCAAAUGCAAGAGGGAUAACAAGGAGAUCCGGACGUACAACUGCAGUUUCUUCUACUUGCGCAGGGUGGCGGAGUACUCAUACGGCAACCAGAAGAAGUCCAGCAAGAAGAAGAAGCUGAGCAAGAAUGACAUCCGCCUGGUGCCACGAGACGUCGAGGAGACGGACAAGAUGAAUGUGGUGAGUUGCUCGUCUCUCACCUCCUCGCUCAACUACUUCGACUACCACCAGCAGAGCCUGCCGCUGGGCUGCAGGCGCUCCGAGAGCACCUUCCUCAACGUGGAGAACCAGAACUCGCGCAAUGCCGCUCCCAACCAUGGCUAUCAGCACCCGUUCACUGGGCAGGGCCACCAGCAGCCAGACCUCAUCAUCAACGGCAUGCCACUGCCAGAGGUGAGAUACAAUUCGCUGUGCUCUGUCCUUAAUCCUUGACUGGGCUGCUCUUGUUGUUGACUCAGCUAGGGGGAAACUUGGUUUGGAAAUCUAUUCCCCUCACUAAAUGUGAGGAUACAAUGCAAAAAGGAACCUUUGUUAGAGCCCCUUUUUCACUCAUUUUAAAGGAGUGUCGUAAGUGCCUUAUUUAUCAGCUAAUACACAAGUCAAUGCGACCAUAAUUUAGUAGCCCCCCUUAAAUCAAUUCCUCUGACUUAAUUAUGAUGUAAAAAAAAACAAAAAACUAUGCUGUGCAAUUAUGCAUUGCUAGCAUAAUGUCAGCAAUCAUUGUUUUCCCAACAACAGUAUGUACUUCUUAAUUUUCCCUUGUCUAUGAGGGAUAACCGGUAUCACUGAUACAGAGUCUUGGUAUCAGAAUGGGUAUCAACAAAGAAAAAAACGCUGAAUUGUUAAGCCUUAUUGCAUGAGAUUCAAAUAUUCAAUGCCCCACUUUUCAACACAUCUCAAGGUCUAGAGACAUCUUUCAUUCCAUUGUGCCGCUGAGUAGAGUCACACUGAAUCUGUCUGUUAUUGAUAGAAAGCUAGGGUAUGUGAAAUGGCACAUUUGACGCUGUGCCGGCCCAUCUGAGUUGUAUCUUUCGAGGCAUUUCAAAGGGCCGAGACACUGAUGCUGACCUGUGCCUCAGACGGAGCGCUUAGCCAAGCAGAAUUUGGAGGCCUGACAAAGUGGAUUAUUUGGCCUCUCUCACACCAGUUGUUUUCUUUUCCCCCUUUUAUUUGUGUGUGCGCUGACCUAUUCCAAAAAAAAAACAAACAAAAAAAAAGGAGUCUGAGCACCUGCCAGAUGUGUAUUGACCCGGCUAAUCAGCUCCAUCACACAGCAGUCAUUUCAGGUGCUAGCAGAGAGAAUAAUCAUUGCUCAAAUGCUUUAUCCGUUGUGUUGUCCAUUUGGCUGCAGUGUUAGCGCAUGGCCUCUCCGCAUAGCCAGCCAUUGAAUUUUUUUCCUGACAUACCGUGCAUGGCUCCAGCAGAGCAGUGAACAUCUGACUUGAAAGCAGUCUGACAGAGUGUAUGCAGACCGGCUGAUCUUUAGGUUAUAGAUUUCUGUAUGUAUGAACUGCUUUAUCGGAUUGUUUGGCCAACCUCUCUCCCUCCAUCCACUUCUCCUUUAUCCCAUGGGAGACGAGGGGCGUUUCGGUUUGUGUGUGUGCAAGAAAAUGUGCAUCUGUGUUUGUUUGUGUUUGUGCAAGAAUGUGCCUGCUCCUAUAGACAGUAGCAAAUAAGCUCCAGCUCCUUGCACACACACACACACACACACACACACACACACACACACACACACACACGCAGGCUUGUAAUUGAUGACUCCAAUCUCUGUUUGACAUUCAGUGAGAAGAAGGGUGGGGUUGGGAGUGGGGGUCUUAAAACAAGAAACACAAGAUGGAUAUUGAUGUAUUGACUGCGUGAUCCAGAGAGAUCCAGGCACCGAUGGAUCCUGAGGGGUCAAUGAGACCUACUUACAGGCAUGCUGAUUUACUAGGCCUGUCUGAGCCGGUUCUGACUUGAGUGUGUGUGUGUGUCUGUGAGUGUGUGUGUGUGUGUGAAUAACACAGGUGGAGAGAA